AUGUCGCCACACUCCAGAUCUCUGGCAGCCCAACGCCGCGGGAUGUCCGACCGCGGGACUCAGUACGAAGCCGUUGUUGUGGGAGCUGGACCUGCUGGGAUCACUUGCGUUGGUAAUUUACUGGAACGAAAGCUUUCACCGAUAUUAUGGGUCGACGAUGCCUUUGAUGGUGGUCGGGUAAACCGCCUAUAUCGCGAGGUGCCUUCGAAUACCAAGGUGAAGACGUUUUUGGAUUUUGCAGAAGCGUUGACGCCGUUCCGGGAGAUUGUUUCUGCUGGCGGGAAGCAGGAGGGCCGGAUGCGGGAGCUCAAGGGCGUGGAUCCGGAGAAGGGGUGUAAGUUGGGGAUGGCGGCGGAUAUGUGUUUGGCGUUGACGGAGGGGCUAAGGGGCCUGCCGGGGGUGGUUGCGACGAAGGGGCGUUUGGAGGAGGGAACAUUGGAUGAGAAUCCGAGAUCGCCUAGUCAAUGGGUAGUGAAGGUCAGAGAAGGUGGCGAUGCGGUGACGAGUGUUCGGACGAAAAGGCUGGUCCUGUGUACUGGUGCUUCGCCUACUAUCGAGCCUCUACCUGUAGAGCUGCAGAAUUCCCGGCCACUGGAGCUGGACACAGCACUCUCGCCCACAAGACUAUCUUCCGCCCUCUCAUCGCAGUCCCCCCUCAAUGUCGCAGUUAUUGGCGCCUCUCACUCCGCUAUCCUGGUUCUAAUGAACCUCUACCACCUCGCCUCUUCCAGCAAACCAGACCUCCGCAUCCGCUGGCUGACUCGCCAUAGUCUUCGCUAUGCCGAAUAUAUGGACGGCUGGAUCCUUCGCGAUAACACCGGCCUCAAAGGGGAAGCAGCCGAAUGGGCCCGCCAGAACCUCGAACCCGAGACAUUUAAGCAAAGCGAUGUGAGCAACUUCAUCAAACGCAUCGACUACGAAGCCGGCGACGAAGAAGGCACGUACGAAGAGAACCUACAAGGCUGCCAGUUCUACGUUCAAGCCAUCGGAUAUCGCCCUGAUCCUCUUCCGAAGCUGAAGACUAGGGGCGGGAAGGAGAUUACGCCGUACUUUGACAACGAGCGAGGGACGUUUACGUAUGUCAAGGAGAGCGAGGGCGGGAGCGUUGGGGAUCUUGCGAGGUUGCCGGGGCUAUAUGGUGGUGGAAUUGCGUUUCCGGAGAGGGUGGUGGAUCCGAGGGGGAAUGUUGAGCAUGCGGUCGGGUUCUGGAAGUUCAUGAAGUUUGUGCAGAGGGUGAGUCCGGGGUGGAACUGA